GUGAUCGCUACUGUCCACAAAGGAGUCACGCCGAGCUUCACUGGGAUUCGAGGCUUUGAAUCGGCGGGUCGGUGCUAGAUGGCGUUGGUGUGUCAAGGUGGAGGCAAGGUGUGAAUGGUGGAAGACUACCGUUGUACUCCGCCAGGAUCCAGCAGUUAGUUUCAGGAAGGCGUAUCUCGCGACUCCUAUAUUGCAUCUUGGUGGUUGGCACGAUGUUGAUUGAGCGAUGUGCGUUUGUGGUGGUAGCUGUGGUAGUGGUCAGCCUGGUGUGUGCCGCGGAGCAGGGCCGUGAUGAAGACAGCGGUUCAGGGAACAAGACAGAAGGAUCAACAAGGAAGCGGAGGUCGUACGGGGAUGACUUGUUUUCCUGGAAUUACGAGAAGGUCGAAGUCGCGUCCAGGGGAUGGAAAGCACAUGACCUUCGGGAAAAGCUCAUGCCGGUGGUGCUGAAGAUCGGAGGAACGGUGUAUACUUCACUGUCUGCUACUUUGAACGUUAAGUCUUAUGUGAAUGCGGCGACCAAAGUCGCCACGCGCACAAUGAAUGAAAACGAGCACUUCAAGCCUCUGUGUGCCUCUGGGAAUCUUACCGGCAUCACGCCAUGCACGGUGGGUCAUGUGGUGCUGAAAGCUUUGUCACUGUCCACUGGCGUCACGGGAGCCAUCACAGAAGCGUACGUCAGGACGCGCUUGAACUCCUCCAUCGAGACUUUCAGGAUAAUCACUGACGGAGUGUUCAUGUUGAUAACGGAAGCCGUGAGCACUGAGCUGGUGAUGCUGGGGCACUUCAUCAAAAUGGCGCAGAACUUUGGAAGUACGCUUGCUGCGAGGUAUUUCAAAGGACCUCUCACAGUCAAAGGCACUGAGAAGGCGUUCGUCAAGGCCUGUGACAACCUGUAUGCUGCAGGGUCUGACUUUUUCCUGAUGUCGCGAAUGGUCAUCGAGCACACGCUGGGCAGAGUCAGUAAGGAGAUAAACUCUACCACAGCAGAUCUGGCGCCACAGUUCCUGAAAUACUUUAAAAACAUCACGAAGAGAGGGAUAACUGAAGAGUACACUGCCUCUCCCUUCCCGCCUCUCAGCUACUUCUGGGACAUGGCUGCACUGGAGUACGCGGUGUCUGUGCUCACAGACAUGAGUGUCAUUGCCAAUCAGACACUGAAUGAAGCUGCGGACGAGAGUGGGGAAGACACAUUUGUUAAGAAAGCUUACAUCUCCAAUGUGGCCUACGCAGCCAGUGCGGGCUUGAAUGACACCGCUGCGCACUUGAAGAACGAUGAGUUGAAGGCAGCCCUGGACUCUGCCACUAACGGGUUGCGCAUGGCGGUGUAUGCUUACCACGAGGCGGGGCAUGACAUCCCCAAUGAACAAGGCCCCGAGGCGCUGUUAGACAACCUGGAAUCUUUCAUGGAGAGCCUGAGGCCAUCGUCUGAGGUGGGAGCUUUGGUUGACGUGGACAAGCUGCGGUCAGCGUCAGGUGUGGCGUCAGCGUUUGGAGUCGCAGACACAAUGGAACUUUCCUACCGAGAACUAUUUAGCUUCUUCGUGCCCACAGACCUGGGCCACUUGGUGACGAUGGUGACGGAACUGUCUAAAGUUAUUCCCAAGGCUUAUAACAAAUACUUCGUAUUCCGCGUCAUGGGAGCGCCUCGUAUAGUAAAACGGCAAGCAUACAGCAGCGAUCCCUCGUAUGAUUCUAAAUCCAACAGUGCACCUGGAGGAGCGUUCGCCUGGGCAAAGCUGAUGUCUAGUCUGGCGCCAUCUGGACCGCCGGGCCUGCAAGGACGCAAGUUUAAAGAGAUGAUAAAAAUCGUACUGAAGCACGGAAAUGUACAGUUCCUAUACAAGAUGCAAGAACCAGCCGCCUGCGAGGCCGACCCUGAGUGCAGGGAAACCUUCGGCAGAAUAGCCACGGAGAUCGGGAAGGUAAUGGGUGUGGACAUCAGGCCUGGAUCCGUCAUGCCUUUGUCUGCUCCCAUUAAAGGUGGAAAGCGUACUUACGGGUAAUUGUUUCCUGACCAGUGAAAAAGAUAUCGCUUCAUUGCGCCGUUAGGUGGAGGAUGGAACUGAUUUGUGGUCUGCGUGAAGACUGAAGUGGUUUGCGUGAAGACUGAAGAUUGCUGACAACGCUGCCGCAGUUUAUUUACGUUGUUAAUAAAUAAACCAUUAUAGUCCUA